CGCCCCCUUGCUCGGCCCUGCCCUGUAGCCUGCCAGGUGUUGGAGCCUAAGCUGCAGGACGCCAGAGCUGCCGGCCUUCUUCUGUUGAUUCAGUUAUUGGAGAUCACUGGUUUAAGACCACACAGCUUAGAGUUCAUGGGAGGUGGUGUCUCUCCUGGGGGCAGCCCACCGCUGAACUACUUUUAAGACUGAAUGGAAGUGAGCAGCCUUCUGUGCUUAGGAGCCCAGGGCCCAGGAGGGGUUUCUGCAAGCUGGCCUUGGGGUUUGCAGGAACCUGGAGCCUCCAUUCUUAUGACCUGGAAGCCUGCACACUUUCUGCACUCCUGGAAGGGAGUCCUCACAUGCUUGCCAACGGUUGGGACCAGGACCAGGAAGAGGAAAGGUACCGACAUAAAAGCAACUGUUUCUAAGACAGAAACUAGACCUGCAAACCUGUGGAUUCUGGUUUAAGCUACACUGCUUUGUCUGGCUCUGUGAGGUCGGCAGUGAGGGUUCAGUGGAGCCACAGCAGCUCCUAUUUAAGUCAAGCUUCAGGUGUGUCACGACUUCUUCAGACUUGUCCUUACUGAAGGCCUGCUUCGUGGUUGAGAGUGUGGCUCAAGACGGAGCCAAGUCCUCCCUUUCUGACUUGGUCACGGUGGAGGAGUUUUCUGUGCUGUAAUACCUCCGACCACGUUUUAUUGUGCAUGCUCAGUAGAAAUUAGUAUGCUUUCUACAGUGUUUGGAAGGUAAUAAAAAUAUGUUGUAACAUGAACUUGAAUUUAAACUGAUAAGUGCUGGAGGUAUUUUGCUAGGUCUAGGCACUGGUCUCGUGUUUUUCUCAUGAAUUUGUCUAUAUUGUAGAUAAAUAUAAACUGAGGUCUUUGAUGUGACCAGAGCUGUUUUUGAAGGAAUCACUUUUCAAAUUACUGUGUUCCUUUAAGUGAGUGGGCUACACUUAACAUGGUGGAGUAGAUGGAAGCUGACCCUUUGUUUCACAAGUGACAAAUGGAUAAAAUGGAUAAAUCAUAUGCAUAAAGAAUUUGCUCAAUUGGAAACUAGAUUACAGAAUGCCCCUUUUUAUCAUGAUGCCUGGAUCACAGGGCUUCAGAUGGUGAGAGCUGAUUAAUCUUCUAUUCUUACAUACCACAGGCUUGAGUCUUGUGAUGGAGGGUUUUUUAAAAAAAAAAACAAAAAAACAAAAAACAAACCACUGUGUGUGUGUUGGAGAGGAAACCAAAGGCCAUUACUUUUUUGCCCUUUGAACUUGAGAGUAUUGCUUUAGUAACAACAACAAAAAAAUGUAAAUUUCCAACUCCGUUCCUGGUUCCCUUGUUUACCGUGUCUGCUGUCUACUGCAAUCUAGAAUUCCAACUGUAUUGACUUGGCUACAUUUGUAACCACUUUUGUUUUUGAAAUGUUAAAGCCUUUGCAGCAGAAUGGUUAUAAUUGGCAAGAAGCGCUGUAGUUAGUGUAGUCUCAGGGAGUGCACCUUUCAGAUAUCGGUUGAUCUUUUGUCAAUUUCUGAGACAAAUUGUGACCUGCUAUAUCCCACAGAGGCAAAGUCCUGGAGAAAGGAGCUUAUUGUGGGUGACCCUCACUAGGUGGUUCUUUCUCCAGACAACUCGAAGCACUGUGGGUAGUUACAGGGAAAGCUGCAGCCCACGAGGGAACCCAGGGAGUUCUUUGCUCAUACCCACCCAGCGUUUGCUGUUCUGUGGUGUUCUCCACUUUUUCCUAUUCCUUCAACCUUGAGAUAGGGGGCCACUGACUGGGAGACAAAAAUGAUACCUAGCUGGCUUGAAAAAAAGACUUAGUAGAUAGCUGCAAAUAGAUAACAGGAUGGCAGCGAUUCCUUUCCCUGUGAUCUCUGAGCCCCAUCACAGAGCACACCUCUACUGAUGCUGCUCUUCACUGCUGGCAAGAGUUGACCUACUCUGAUGGGCUUUGGCAUAUGAACUACCUAGUACUAAAGCAGCAGGUCCUGAAGCUAUGAGCAGACUCAGACCCGAGAAGAAGUAGAUGGAGGUGGAGACUUGGGGGGAAAAAUCCAGCCCAGAGAUGAGCCGUCAGACUGCUACAGCAUUACCCACUGGCACCUCAAAGUGUCCACCAUCCCAGCGGGUACCUGCUUUGACUGGCACAACUGCAUCCAACAAUGACUUGGCGAGUCUUUUUGAGUGUCCUGUCUGCUUUGACUAUGUGUUGCCACCUAUUCUUCAGUGUCAGAGUGGCCAUCUUGUUUGUAGCAACUGUCGCCCCAAACUUACGUGUUGUCCCACCUGCCGGGGCCCAUUGGGAUCCAUUCGCAACUUGGCUAUGGAGAAAGUGGCCAACUCAGUACUCUUCCCUUGUAAAUAUGCCUCUUCUGGAUGUGAAAUAACUCUGCCGCACACUGAAAAGGCAGAGCACGAGGAGCUCUGUGAGUUCAGGCCUUACUCCUGCCCCUGCCCUGGUGCUUCCUGUAAGUGGCAAGGUUCCUUGGAUGCUGUCAUGCCCCACCUGAUGCAUCAGCACAAGUCCAUUACCACCCUGCAAGGAGAAGAUAUAGUUUUCCUUGCUACAGACAUUAACCUUCCUGGUGCUGUUGACUGGGUGAUGAUGCAGUCUUGUUUUGGCUUUCAUUUCAUGUUAGUCUUGGAGAAACAAGAAAAAUACGAUGGUCAUCAGCAGUUCUUUGCAAUUGUACAGCUGAUAGGAACACGCAAGCAAGCUGAAAAUUUUGCAUAUCGACUUGAGCUAAAUGGUCAUAGGCGCCGAUUGACUUGGGAAGCGACUCCUCGAUCUAUUCAUGAGGGAAUUGCAACAGCCAUUAUGAAUAGUGACUGCCUAGUGUUUGACACCAGCAUUGCACAGCUUUUUGCAGAAAAUGGCAAUUUAGGCAUCAAUGUAACUAUUUCCAUGUGUUGAAACGGCAAUCAAAUAUUUCUGGCCAGUGUUUAAAAUUUGCAUUUGACUUCACAGAGAAUAAGGCACCCAUCUGCUUGCCAACCUAAAACUCUCCUGGUAGGUAGAAGCUAGACAUGAAGGUAAAUAAAGAGAAAAGCUGUUAAUACAGGAAACAGUUGCAUGUAGUAACACUAAUAUAUUUAAAAAUAAUUCAACAGUAAACCACUGAAAAAAAUAUAUAUACCCAAGAUGGGCAUCUUUUGUAUUAAGAAAGGAAACAUUGUAAAAUAUUUCGGAACUUUGUGUUUGUUGUAGAUUGUAUUGUUGACAAUUUUUCGGGGGUGUGUGUCUGUGCACGCAUGCGUGCACAUGUGUGGUUGGUUUUCCUUUAACUGACAAGCCAUCUGCGUGGUCAUGGGCCACUGCUUUCCCCUUGUGAGUCAACACAUAGUGCUGCUGUGGUUUUGUUUUUGUUUUGUUUUUUUUUGUUUUGUUUUUUGGUGUGUGUGUAUUUGCUAAUUUUUAUUCUAGUUUUUCAUUAAAUAAAUUUGACUUUCUUUUCUGUAA